ACUACAUUGUCUUUACUUCCGGGUGAACUGUCAUGGCGGUUCUCUAAAUACGUUUGGCACAAUCUAGCUGUUCUACUGUCUCAUUAUUAAAAGCAAAGCAAAGCUGUGUGUGUGUUUUGGCAGUGAUGAAAUUUAAUGAGCUGAAGAAGUGGAACACCAGAGCGUCUGCAGUGUACGCUGUGGGCAUUUGGACCAUGAUCGGCUCUUAUGCUUAUUUAAAAUACACGGGAAAAUAUGACGACUUCGUGAAGACAGACGAUAUAGAAGAACCUGAAGAUCCCAACCAAGUGGUGUAUCAGAGUCCGCACUCCAAAACAGUCAUUGUCUACAAGAAAGACUUUGUGCCAUACACCACCAGGAUCUACAACUUCACCCAGUCCUUCAUUCGUGGACCCGCACCACCUACAGACAGUGGCAAAUAGCUCCAUCAUUGCAAAGGACAGUAGACUAUGAAACUGAUGAUAGAGUCUGUAUAAUGCAGUAGGAAUCGAUUGAAUUUAUUGAUCUGUGUCAGGUCAUUAUUGUCAUUCUUUGUAAAAUAAAUUAUCGUGUGAUGUCUAGAUAGUCAUCAAAUUCCACAUACCAUUUUUAUUAAACUGUCAGCAUGA